UUUUGAUCAAUUAUUAGUAUCUCUUGCUCCAAGAUGACUAAAGGUCUGACUUUCGAUAUCCGCUACGACAACGAGCUUGCCCAUCAAUACUACGGAGAAGGGGACCAGCUCACUCAAAGGCUCCAAGACGUCUAUAAGGACAAAAACCUGGAGUUCCCCCAUUAUUUCGAUUCCACGCUGACCACCCCACCGAUUCACUUUAUGACGGUCGAGGCGCCUGACGAUGUAGAUGUGGACGGACUGAGGAAUGUGCAUGUCCCUCCAGGCUUGAAUGUCGAGAUUCUCGACUUCGAUUGAAAUUUCUAGUAAAUAGUUGGGAGGACAAAGAAAAUGGAAGCACGGCAGUGUACGUAGCAUUCAAAGAAUCAAAUCUG